AUAACAUAUAUCCGAAAAGGACCCGAACCGAAAAGAUUCGAAUAGGAACCCAAUUGGGCAACUCCUACUCCCGCCAAUUUCAUUUUCCCGCUAAAUUGUGGAGGCGGGUGGGUGGAUGUUGUUUCGCCCGAUUAUCCCAACAAACAGUUCGCUUCCGCAUCUCCUUCAUUUCUGCAAUGGCGGCGUCUCGGAAAUUGACGGAUUACGAGCGUCUGAGGCUGGAAAACAUCAGGCGUAACCAGGAGAAGCUCGCCGCCCUCAAUAUUCAAUCCCGCCUCUCUCCCGCAGCCAAGCGUCCCAGAGUGCAGAAUAAGUCUUAUAAAUUGAGUCCAGAGAAGAAGCUGAAAUUUGAGAGUCCCAUUGUCCUUCGUCGUUCUCUAAGGACACGGGGAAAGCCGCCGGAUUCUUCUACGUCUGGUGGCCUUAAGGAUGACUUUGAUGAAUCCAAAAGUGAGAAUAAACUGGGGCCUCAGUUCUCCCUUGCUAAAUUGCGUAAAGAACCUGUACCUCUCAAUAUGAAAGAUGCAUUUUGUGGUGAGAAUUAUGGCCCAAACCAACAGUUGAUUGAAACAAUUAAAAGUUUAUCAAGAAAAGAACAACUAGACGAGAAUGCUGAUCAAGAACUUAUUGUUUGUGAACAAGAGAAGAAGAGAAUACCUCCAUGUUCAAUAGAUAUUGAUUCAUUGAGAUUGGAACCAGAAAAUAUGGCUCGGGUUGUUCCUGGAAGAAUACUAAAUGUGAAGUUUAUCCCUACAGCAGGGAUGAGAAUGGUUGUUGCAGGAAAUAAGUAUGGAAAUAUUGGUUUCUGGAAUGCUGAUGCCAAAGAGGACGAAGAUGGGAUUUAUUUGUACCAGCCUCAUUCCAGUCCAGUAUCAGGAAUAUUAAUUGAUUCAUUUUCACAGUCAAAGAUGUUUACAUCCUGUUAUGAUGGGUUUAUCAGGCUGAUGGACAUUAAUAAGGAGUUAUUUGAUUCCAUAUAUUUAAGUGAUUAUUCUAUAUAUGCCCUAUUUCAAAGACCAGACAAUUCGAAUUCAUUAUAUUACGCUGAGGGGGGUGGAUAUCUUGGAAUAUGGGACUUGAGAGCUGGAAAGUCCUCAUCAUCAUGGAAAUUGCAUGAAGAUAGGAUCAACUCAAUAGAUUUUAACAUGGAAAAUAGUAAUACUAUGGCUACAAGCUCAACAGAUAGAACUGUAUGUGUCUGGGAUAUGAGAAAUGCUGGCUCUCAUAAACCAAAACCUUUGAGAACUAUUCACCAUGAAAGAGCUGUGCAUUCUGCUUACUUUUCACGUUCUGGUCAACAUCUUGCGUCAACAAGUUUUGAUGACAAAAUAGGCUUGUCAAGUGGAGCUAAUUAUGAAGAUGUAAGCAUGAUCCACCACGAUAAUCAAACAGGCAGAUGGCUGUCUUCUUUCAGAGGCAUAUGGGGCUGGGAUGAUUCAUAUAUAUUCAUUGGCAACAUGAAGAGGGGAGUCGACAUCAUUUCAACGCACGAAAAGACGAUUGUUAAGACAUUACAAAGUGAAUUGGUGUCUGCUAUUCAGUGCCGCUUUGACACACACCCGUACAACGUUGGGAUGGUUGCAGGCGCUACCAGCGGUGGUCAGGUUUAUCUCUGGGGGACGUCUUAGCACAACUUAUACAACCUGUUCUCACUUAGCUUCCUCCACCUGUUGGAACGAAAUUUUCUACUAGAAAAUCAUUUAUUCUCUUUUGGCGGAUCAUGUUCCAAAACAAGAUGUACUAUUAUUAUAACCAUAUACUAGUAUGUCAUUAGAUUACCUCUUCCUGG